CUCCAAAAACGUCUCGCUUUCGCGCUUCGCUCGCCACGGCAGUGCUCCUCGCAGUGCUCCUCCUCACGUCGCACCUUCACUUCGGCGCGCCGUCGCACGGAGUCAGCGUUUUCUGCCAUGACGUCGAGUGCAAGUCCUGAUGGCACAGACUACAAAUGGUGGACUCAUAGCGUGCAGAGCGGCACCUUGGAGCACAGUGGGCACCUUAUAGCUGUGGAGAAGCUGCAGAAGGGCCCAGAGGUGGAGGAGAGGCGCCACUUCCUGCGGCUCAUCAGCAACCUGGGGAAGCGCGGAAAACUGGCGCAGGCUUUCAAGGCGGCGGAGGAGAUGAAACAACACGGCCUUAGCCUGGACUUGAGUUGCUACACCGCCCUGGUGGAGGCCUCGAUCCGCUCCCAUGACCUGGAUUUGGCUCUGGAGACGCUGAACGCCAUGCGCGCCGAGCUGGGUCCGCGGGCGCGCUUGCCCAAGGAGACUCACAAUGACCUCAUCAGCGCCUGUGGCUUCGCAGAUCAGUGGGAACGAUGUGUAGAGCUUCUCAAACAGCUUCAGCGGCUCCCAUCGCCGCCCUGCACCAGCGCCUAUUACAGCGUGGUGCGUGCGUGCUGCCGCUGCAAACAAUAUCCCACCGCUCUCCAGCUGCUGCAGCAAAUGGAGAAACAUGGCCCUGUGCACUACGAGGCCUCUCAAGCCUUGCGCUUGGAGCUGGUCGAGGUGCUUCCCAAUGGGCACUGGAAGACCUGGGAGACCAAUCGCGCUCACGAUCACAUUUUCACCACUUGGGGUCAAGACGGCCCCAAACGAUAAGCUGUGCAAAAGAGGAUGCAUUGCAUCGUACCCUGUGAUUCCGAGAGAUUGAGACAGG